GCCGGGGCGCCUGCGCCCAUCCCAGGCGCGCCCGCCACCGCGGCCACCGCCGGACCCGCCGUGGCGCGGCCGACGCACCUGCAGGCUUGGGUGUUGGCAGCGGGCAGCUCGCCUGCUCGCAGCACGCCGUGAGCAGCCCAGGGGUGAAUGGCCUCCGGCGCCGGCGCUGCUGCAGAAAAGCGAGAGGAGGCAGGGCAAGGAAGUGCUGCUGGACUCGAUCACAGGCAACCGCCGCCGAGCAGCGGCUUGCCUUCCUGGGCGGCGGCAGCGGAAGGCAUUCAGACGAGCAUGCCGUCACGCUCCCCGGCCGCCGCAGCACCCCGCCGGUGCAAUGGCGGUGGUGGAGCAGCCUGCUGGAACCCAGGAGGAGCACAUCUUGAAGAGGUUCGCGGAUGAGUACGACAGAAGCGGCUUCUCGAAGUAUUUCCAGCUGUUCUAUCAUCAGGCGUGCAGGUCGGAGAAGGACGGGCAGCCCGCGGAGCCCAAGGAGCAGGCGGCCGCGGUUGAGGAGCCCGACCAGCAG